AUGAAUGUCACCUCACUCUUUUCCUUCACCAGCCCGGCGGUCAAACGACUGCUGGGCUGGAAGCAAGGGGAUGAAGAAGAGAAGUGGGCAGAGAAGGCGGUGGAUGCACUGGUCAAGAAGUUGAAGAAGAAGAAGGGCGCUAUGGAGGAACUAGAGAGGGCACUCAGCUGCCCCGGUCAGCCAAGCAAUUGUGUCACUAUCCCACGCUCACUGGAUGGGAGGCUUCAAGUAUCACACCGAAAGGGGCUUCCUCACGUCAUCUACUGCCGUGUGUGGCGAUGGCCCGACCUGCAAUCGCACCAUGAGCUCAAGGCCCUAGAGUGCUGUGAGUUUCCUUUUGGAUCCAAGCAGAAGGAUGUGUGCAUCAACCCUUACCACUACAAAAGGGUGGACAGUCCAGUGCUGCCACCCGUGCUGGUUCCACGAAACAGCGAGUUCAACGCUAAACUCUCCAUGCUGCCACGCUUCCGUAACCCACUCCACCAGACGGAGCCCCCCAUGCCUCAGAACGCCACCUUCCCCGACUCCUUCCCCCAGCAGCCAGCAAAUGCCCUUCCCUUUACCCCGAACUCCCCAACCAACAGUUAUCCCAGCUCGCCCAACAGCGGCACAGGCAGCACUGCCACCUUUCCACAUUCGCCAUCCAGCUCAGAUCCAGGCAGCCCUUUUCAGAUGCCAGAAACCCCUCCACCUGCGUAUAUGCCUCCAGAGGAGCCAAUGACACAGGACUGUCCCCAGCCAAUGGACACUAACCUAUUAGCUCCAAACUUGCCAUUGGAGAUCAGCAACCGAACAGAUGUUCAUCCUGUGGCCUAUCAGGAACCCAAGCACUGGUGCUCCAUUGUGUACUAUGAGCUGAAUAAUCGUGUGGGUGAAGCCUUUCUGGCCUCAUCCACCAGUGUACUCGUGGAUGGCUUUACUGACCCAUCCAACAACCGCAACCGCUUCUGCCUGGGUCUGCUGUCAAAUGUCAACCGGAACUCAACCAUCGAAAACACCCGGCGUCACAUCGGAAAAGGAGUCCAUUUGUACUAUGUGGGAGGAGAGGUGUAUGCCGAAUGUUUGAGCGACAGCAGUAUCUUUGUCCAGAGCCGCAACUGCAAUUACCACCAUGGUUUCCACCCCACCACCGUAUGCAAGAUCCCCAGUCGCUGCAGCCUCAAGAUCUUCAACAACCAGGAGUUUGCAGAGCUCUUGGCACAGUCAGUCAAUCACGGUUUUGAAGCUGUCUAUGAACUCACCAAGAUGUGCACCAUCCGCAUGAGUUUUGUAAAGGGCUGGGGUGCAGAGUACCAUCGGCAGGAUGUGACCAGCACCCCGUGCUGGAUUGAGAUUCAUCUUCAUGGACCCCUGCAGUGGUUGGAUAAAGUCCUCACCCAGAUGGGAUCUCCUCACAACCCCAUUUCUUCAGUGUCCUAG